AUGCACAGUCUGGUGGAAUAUUUUGCUGAACAUGAAAGUUAUAGAUGUGGAUAUUGUAAAAGCCCUGAUACUAAUUUUAGUCAUGGAAUGUGGGCUCACACAUUAACUGUAAGUGACUAUCAAGAUUUAAUAGAUAGAGGGUGGAGAAGAUCAGGAAAAUAUUGCUAUAAGCCAAUUAUGGACGUAACCUGCUGUCCUUUGUAUACUAUACGAUGUCGAUCUCUGGAAUUCAAAGCCACUAAGUCUCAAAAAAAGGUCCUGAAGCAGGUUAAUAAAUUUUUGAUUGGUCAUGAUUCUACACCAACUGAAGCACCCAGAAAGAUGUCUACUUGUAGUAGUGGUAGUGAAGUUCUCGGGGAAGGAUAUGAGGAGGGUGGGGAACAGUAUGUUGAAAGUAUGAGAGAGCAUCAGGACAUCAACUUAGAGGAUUUUAAAAGUAGCAAAGUUUUAGAUGUAUCUGGUGAUGAAGCUCAAGAUAAGAAUAAUAUAAAUAGUGAUGUCAUAAAAAUGGAGAAACCGGCAUCUCAAGCUGUUCAGAGUAAUAUAAGAAAAGAUGUCGGCCCAGACCCUAACAAAGCACCUUGCAAAAAAGCGAAACAAUUAAGACUAGAGAGGAAGCUAGAAAAACUACGAGAGAAGGGUAUUGACGUACUUCCUGUGAACAAUGCGUGCAAAAACAGGGAAAAACAAAUUGAGGACUUUAUAAACGAGUUGCCCGAUGAUGUCAAACAUAAGCUAGAGAUAAAAUUAGUAAGAACUACGCCCCCGAGCCCCGAAUGGUUAGCAACGGCUAAGGAAACUCAUGAUGUGUAUGUCAAGUAUCAAACUACUAUACACAAUGAUAAACCUGAUAAAUGUACUGAGCCAAAGUUUAAAGAUUUUCUAGUACAGAGCCCUCUUUUAGAGGAGCAUAGAGAGAACGGGCCCCCUAGUGGCUAUGGUUCAUUUCACCAACAGUAUUGGCUGGAUGGGAAAAUAAUAGCAGUCGGUGUUAUAGAUAUAUUACCAAAAUGUGUUUCCUCUGUUUACUUCUUUUAUGACCCGCAGUAUAUGAAUCUAACCUUAGGGACUUAUGGAGCUUUAAGAGAGAUUGAGUUCACCAGACACUUGCAUUCACUGUGUCCACAAAUCCAAUACUACUACAUGGGCUACUACAUUCACUCCUGUCGCAAGAUGAGAUACAAAGGCAACUUCAACCCAUCAGAUCUGCUGUGUCCAGAAACCUACAAAUGGUUCCCGUUAGUAGACUGUAUCCCUAAACUAGAGGCAUCACCAUAUUCGAGGCUUGAUCCCGACAUUGACAGUAUAGAUGAAAACUGUCCCAAAGAAAGUGAUUUAAACUUUAUACCCGUGUGGGUGAACGGAGCGGUGAUGUUGUAUAAAGCUUACAAAAAACAUGCUGCCAGGCGAAAUGGGAAGAAAGUCAACGAUGUUAUAGACUAUUCUCGCUUAGUCGGCACUAAAGCGUCUAAGAGUUUAAUUUUACUGAGAUAA